UCCAUUGAUUAUCAUCCAAUUCCACCCCCUUGGUUUGACUUGAAUCAGUAGUGAUUCCAUUGUCAGUUGACAAGAGGCCUUGUCGUUUCGUUCGUGUUGUCACUCGACUGUGUCUGAUGAACUUUCACCCAAAAGGCCGCCUUUGAUCAACCCCGCAAUCGCUAGUCGGGGGUUAUCGAUAGCGUCAUGGUCGACAUCGACCCUAUGUUGACAGGACUUUUAUGAACGACUUGAAUGCGUCUGACCAAGGGGCGGGUCAGGUUCCGGUUGUUGAACUGGAUUCUUCCACGGUCUAGCCGAUUUCCCGAACACCAUGAUGGACUUGAUGAUUCCAAUAGAUGACAUCGAGAUCUCCACGAUGAAUCAACAAACUUUGCUCUUGACGAGGCCGAACAAUACAGAACCUUCAGCCAAGCGCCUUUUCCUCGAUGUCAACUCUGGCGUUGCAAUUCCUUCUCCCCUUCUAAACGCAGUCCCCCCUCUCACACGUGGGACCUCCACGGCAUCUUCGGCCUCCGGCUCGAUCGAUACCGAUCUUGCCAGUAGCAUCCUCGGGGAUGGUUAUGUACUUGAAUCACAAGAUGGAGUUCUCACAAUGCCUUUCAGAUAUCAGGAGGACGCGGACUUGUUGUGUCCGUUUCAAAUCCUCGACUGUCAAACAGUCUUUGCCGACAUUGUCCCUUUCAAGAUGCACGUCUUUUCUCAUUUUCGUGGUCAUGAAUUACCGACAAUGGCGGCGUGUUUUCUCUGCGAUAACAAAUACUUUCAGCGUCCUGAAGACGACUCUGCUCUAGCAUGGAACAACAUGUUGUCUCACAUGGCACAUGAUCAUUUCCGCAAGGGCCAACGUCUGGCAACGGUAAGAACUGACUUUGCCCUGAUGAGGUGGAUGUUUAGCAAAAGAAUCAUCAGCCACAGUCAGUUUUCUCGGGCGCAGUUGCCAGCCACCCCAAUAAUCCUACCGGGUUCGGCGAGGCGAAGGCGAGAGAUUUCAGAUCGAAUCGAACUGCCAACUGCACCGUCAGCGCCCACGCCCCCUGCAAUUCUUGCGCAUCUGGCCUCUGUCGGACAUCAGAAUGAGCCGUACACCGUCAACUCGGGAGCCAGGGCGGACAGACGGAGGUUGGAGGCAACAGGAUCAACAAUUCGAACCUCGAGCUUGAUGUGAGGGUAGGACUCGGAAUCUGAGAGCGAUGAACCGGGACCGCCUUCGCUGGCUAACACAGUUCCCUAAGGCAUCAGGACAGGUCAACUUGUGUACACUCUGGGAAUCUUUUCUUGCAAGCGAUGGCGUUGGAUGGUUCUCAAUGCCUGUAUGAAUUUGUGUAUCUGAACAGCAGGGGUGCUAGGAAAUCACUAAUGUUGUAUUGUUUUAACAAGCCCAUGAUGCUGAUUGUGUCAAGAUUGAGUGUCGCAUUGACUUCAGGAACUUGUCGUUUUCAGGGCCAAUUAUGAUGAGCAUGGUACUGGAUUUGACAGAGUACCUUAGGCUUGGGCGUCAAUUCUGGCAUUUAUACUGAGAAGAAAUGACAUUUCUUGUCGGAAAAAUGAGAAGUGAGGUGAUAAUGAGAAGAAGUGCAAAUGAAGAUGGGAGGGAGUAAGAGCGAGCGGAUGUAGGAAACAGAGGAAGCCGCGCGUCCACGUGAUUGCGGCCCCAAUAAUGACGAAUCUGGAUGAUGGCUGCCUGCCAGAAGGCGCCUUGUACCACAA